AUCAUGUGAGCCCUUAUUUAUACGACCACGUGUUCUAUGACUAGGAUCGUUACUCCCUUCUCCCUCAAAUCACAGUCUGAAAACUGGGAAAAAAAGCUCUCUCGUUUUCUGUUAUUUUCUGAGAGAGAAAUGCGAGUUUAGAAGUAAAGUGUUUUGAGUGGAAGGUCAAAAGAUCUUUUUUGAGUUACUAAUUGAAUAAAGGACUGCACUUUGUACAUUAUAAUGGGAAACAGUAAAGAUGGGAAGCCUUCCGAGCCUGAGAAAUCAUCCCCGCCUGUAAUGGACCAGCAUAAUAUACACGCAUUCCCUGAUUGGGCAAAGAUGCAGGCUUACUAUGGUCCUCGACUUGCUGUACCGCCGUAUCUAAACUCAGCCGUUACUCCUGGUCACUCCCCUCCCCCCUAUAUGUGGGGACCACCACAGGCUAUGAUGCCAACUUACGGGCCUCCAUAUGCGGCAUUCUAUGCACAUGGCAGCAUUUAUCCACAUCCUGGAGUUCCUCUAUGUGGCACUCCUUUGAGCAUGGCUGCACAAGCCAAGUCAUCUGAGAAUACAGAUGGAAGUAUGGUAAAGAAGUUGAAAGAAUUUAAUGGGCUUGCAAUGUCAAUAGGCAAUAGCAAUGCUGACUCUGACGGUGCUGAAGGUGUAUCUAACCCUAGAUUUUCCAAAAGCGGGGAAACUGAAGAUUCUAGUGAUGGAAGUAAUGGGAUUACUGCAGGGGUUGGUCAGAAAGGGAAGAAAAGAAGUCGGGAGGGAACUCCUAACAAUGCUGUAGAGGGCAAUUCUCAUUCACAUAACAGUACAAUGGACAUGGUGCCUAAAAAGGCUACAGAAAACGUCUCCAUGGCACUAGAACUCAAAGAUCUUUCUAACACAAAAGUGAAGUCUGUUGCAACUAAAUUGCCACAACCACUCAAGACUAAUGAAGCCUGGCUGCAUAAUGACCGGGAUCUGAAGCGAGAGCGAAGGAAACAGUCUAAUCGAGAAUCUGCUAGAAGAUCAAGGUUGAGGAAGCAGGCUGAGGCUGGGGAACUAGCUAUGAAGGUUCAAACGCUAACUAAUGAGAAUUUUAUGCUCAAAUCCGAGAUUACUAAAUUAAUGGAAAACUCGGAUAAACUGAAGAUCGAGAACACUACGUUAAUGGAGAAACUUAAAGAUGGACAACUAGGCCAAACAGAGAUAAGUCUACACGAAAUUGAUGAUCCAAGGCUGAAACCAAUUGGCACGGCUAAUUUACUCGCAAGAGUUAAUAACCGCGACGGGGAGAAUGAAGAUGAUACUUGCAAGAAUAAAGGCUCGGGAACAAAGCUUCGUCAGCUUCUUGAUACUAGCCCCAGGACUGAUGCUGUGGCUGCAAGCUGAUAGAAUCUGUAUACCGAAUAAUCCUCGACUAGUUAAUCAUGUAAUUUUGGUGUAAUUAUGUCCAAAAUUACGUGCAACAGUAGUGUCUUUGAUCUUGAUCGCAAAGUACUUAAAAAAACUCACGAGUCUGAUUUCACUCUCAUUAUCUGUACACCUCGAUGAACCUGAAAUGCAUUUUUAAGUUCAGCGUGUCGGGAUGCUACGGAUAGUUAAAUGUAUACGGGAGUAACAUAGGAACUGUAUUUAGUGUGUGGAUUGUGUAAUUGUACAAGCAGCUUAUACUACUGUACCAUGUUACAUCCACGGCAAUCUAGUAGCCGGGCGUUUGUUGUACUUUGACCAUUUUAAAGUGUGGAAGUAGGUUAAGGUUAAUUUCU